GCACGCUUAAAGCUUGGACUCUUAAACAGAUAAUUACAGCAUCAUUCUUCUCGCGGCAAAAUCCCUCUCUCUCAUUUUGACAAUUUAGGGUUUGCUUCCCUCGCCUGAAAUGGCUGAUUCUCCUCGAAAAAGGUAUUCCCGCUCUCCUUCACCUUGGGAAGAAAAGUCAAGAUCUCGCUCUCGAUCCCCAACUAGAUCACAGUCAAGGCCAAGAGGAAGAUCCAGGUCCAGAAGUCAUGGAAGGGCUGAAGUUUCAAAUCCUGGAAACACACUCUAUGUGACUGGAUUAUCUUCAAGGGUCACUCAAAGGGAUCUUGAAGAGCAUUUCUCAAAGGAGGGAAAGGUGAAGUCAGCUUUUCUGGUGGUGGAGCCCCGUUCUCGCAUCUCUCGUGGUUUUGCUUUCAUAACAAUGGAUAGUCUUGAGGAUGCCAAUCGCUGCAUUAAGCACCUUAAUCAGUCCGUCCUUGAAGGCCGGUCCAUAACAGUGGAGAAGUCUCGUAGAAAACGUCCAAGGACUCCAACACCUGGUCAUUAUCUUGGGCUUCAUCAGAGCACAAGGGGUGAUGGUUAUCAUGGUGAUCGUGGUAGGUAUCGUGGCCGAGAUGACUAUGGGUACCGAAGAUCUCCAAGGCGCUCUCCAUAUAGAGGUGGGCGAGAUUAUUCUCCUAGACGCUCACCUUAUGCUGAAGGUCGAGACGUGCACGAUCCCGGUCAUAUUCUCCUUAUGAAAGGAACUACCCUCGUGGUUAUAGAUAGGGGUUUCACAAGGCAUAUGUGGUUUCCUCCUCAGCAAUGAAAAUUGCUUGUAUAAGGAUCUAUAAGUCUGGUGUGGACUAGUCUUGAUGGUGUAAGGUAUUAGAGUACUGGUUAAUGAAUUUAUGGCUUGUGCGUUGACACCAGUGGACCUGUGUUUGAAUGUGGAUAAUCUAUAAUCUUUCUGAAGUUUUAAAUAGGCAUUAUGACAUUCCAGAUUAUGAUGUAUCUACUCUCUUUCGUUGCAUGUCAUUUCGUUGUCUUCAUGGACGUGACAUUGUUUAUAAUAUCUGUUGGUUCAUUCUUUUAUGAUUAGCAA